AUGGUUAUUUAUGUAGCAAUUCGAAAGAAAAAUUAUCAAAAUGUAACCAAUUGUUAUGUCAUUAAUUUAGCUAUAGCUGAUCUUUUAUUUUUAACACUUUCAAUUCCGUAUACAACAUAUUUAGGUGUGAAAAAUGCAUAUCCAUUUGGUAAUACUGUGUGUAAAAUUUAUACGUAUCUCGCUUAUGGCGUUUUACAAGCUACUUGUAAUAUAUUAGCUGUGAUGAGUAUUGAUCGAUUUUUAUAUAUUGUUCGACCAAAAUCAAAACUUGGAUGGCGUACAUCGCAUAAUGCUUUUAUAAUUUGUAUUAUUAUUUGGGCUUGUAAGUUUAUUCAAUGAAUAUACAUUUCUGUGUUGCAUGUUUGCUUGCACUAACGUCGAUAUAUUGGUAACCGAUUAUCGAUUGGAGAACAACUAUGGAUAUUUUGCGAUAGAAUGGUGGUUAGAAGAUAGCCAACCCCUUAGAUAUCAAACUACUGUCAGCUAACUGUGAUGGCCAAACAGCAGAGACUUCAGUGUUGAAGUCUCUUGAAAUCACACGAUGUCCGUCGUAGUCUCAUAAACUCUUACGAAGUUUUUAAGCUAUGACUUUCGUGAAGUACGAUCUAAAAGUAGUGUUGAAAUAUAGAGUAGAAAAUGGAAUCUUUCUGCCCAUUUUGCCUUCGCCCUCCACAACACUCUUAACAACAUCUCUUCCUCAUUACAUACUGUAACAAACGCCUUAAAAACACUAUCCCUCAC